AUGAAAGCAACUAUAUAAGGGACCCGAGCUCAAAGUUCCAACAUCACACAACACAUUUAGCUCUCUCUUGAUAAAUCUCUUGCUAGCUGCUGGUAUAUAUAAUAUACAUCUCCUGAUUGUUUGCUUGGAAAAAGAUAAGAUGUCGUUCGUUCGUUCGAGAAAGCUUUCUUCAAUGCUUUUGUUUACUCUGUUAUUUGCCUGUCUGAUGGGAGCCUCCAAGGGUGGCAAUUUCUUCCAAGAUUUUGACAUCACCUGGGGCGAUCAACGUGCUAAGAUACUAAACGGUGGCCAACUUCUCACACUCUCUCUCGACAAGGCUUCUGGUUCUGGCUUUCAAUCCAAGAAUGAAUACUUAUUUGGCCAAAUCGACAUGCAAAUCAAGCUAGUAGCAGGCAACUCGGCUGGUACUGUCACUGCAUACUAUCUAUCUUCUCAAGGGUCGACCCACGAUGAGAUUGACUUUGAGUUUUUGGGGAAUGCAACUGGAGAGCCAUAUAUUCUCCAUACCAAUGUGUUCUCCCAGGGGAAAGGCAACAGAGAACAACAAUUCUAUCUCUGGUUUGAUCCCACUAAGGCUUUCCACACCUACUCCAUUGUGUGGAACCAACAACGCAUUAUUUUCUUAGUGGACAACAUCCCAAUAAGAGUGUUCCAUAAUCUGGAAUCAAUCGGUGUGCCAUUCCCGAACAAGCAAGCCAUGAGGAUACAUUCAAGUCUCUGGAAUGCUGAUGAUUGGGCAACAAGAGGGGGGCUUGUAAAGACUGACUGGACACAAGCUCCUUUCACUGCUUCUUACAGAAAUUUCAAAGCCAAUGCUUGUAUUUGGUCAUCUGCAUCACCUUGUACCUCCACCUCUCCCAAUUCUGUGCAAGACAAUGCCUGGCAAGUUCAAGCACUUGAUGCCCCGGGGCGCAACAGACUUCGAUGGGUGCAACAAAAGUACAUGAUUUACAACUACUGCACUGACUUGAAGCGGUUCCCUCAGGGUCUCCCACCUGAAUGCAAGCGAUCAAGAUUUCUUUGAAGAAGCUACACGUUAAUGAGUUUGUCACGUAUUAUGAAAGUUCUUUAUUCUUUAUGCAAAAUAAAAUACGUAAAUGUAAUAUGAAAUAAAUCAGUUUUAAUUCUUUAUUCUUUUACAAAUAAAAUGUAACAUCAAAUGAAUCGAUUUCAAUUUUUUAAUUA